AUGGUGGCCAGUUUGGAUUCUGUGAUACGACGUUUAUGGGUACUGAAACGCAUCGUGAGUAAGGGAGAACCUACCAUAGAUCUGAACAUUCCACUUGCGCCAUGGAGGAAGGGCACCAUCACAUGUGCUCUUGCUCUUGCAGGCUUCAUGGUUGGCAUAGAUCAAUCGAUUAUCGAACCUGCUCUGCCUACCAUCAUUGCUCAAUUCUCUUCUCUGCACGAUAUCGGUGCCUAUACGUCGGCAUACCUUAUCCCACAAUGCGUGCUGCAACCUCUGUGCAACAGGCUUUACUCAACAUGUUCUUUUAGUUCGGUAUACCUCGGCUCAACACUCAUGUUCAUCCUCGGCUCAAUCGUUUGCGCUCUCUCACAAAGUUCGCCAUGCUUUAUAUGUGGCCGAGCCUUAUCAGGUGUUGGCGCUGUAGGUUUGAGCAUUGGAGGUUUUCGCAUGCUGGCUCUGAUGCCUGGGGAGCAAAGACAGAAUGUGUCAAUGGGCGCCUUCUCUUUAAUCCUGGGCUCAAGCGUCGUGAUAGGCCCUAUCAUCGGCGGCGUCAUCACUCAAUCUCAUCUUGGCUGGCACUGGCUCUUUUGGAUCAACCUUCCUGCGAUAGGGAUCGUCUUUCUCCUGAUAAUUGGAACAGCCUAUACAGGAGGCCCCGACCUCAGGGGCGAAAAGUAUGACCUGAAAUUUUGGGAAAAGACGAAACUGCUCGACUGGAUUGGAACGGCGCUUUUCGCCUUGACUCUCAUACCUCUGAUACUAGGCCUCGAAUAUGGACGAUCAUACGCGUGGAGUAGUACUCAAAGUGCAGUAAUGUUCGCCUUGUCUGGACUGUCAUUUGCGCUGUUGCUUGUACAACAGAGGAUAACAAAUGAGGCAAUCUUUGAACGCACAGUUCUCUUUAACAGAAGCGUGUGGACCACCACGGGCAUCUUCUUAUGCGCGCUGUCAUCGGUAUCGGUUGUCACGCUGUUCACUCCCUUUCUAUUACAGGUCGUCAAAGAACUCGACCCACGCUCCAGUGGCUUCCUGUCUUUCCCUCUCGCUGGAACCCUCGCCGUCAGCACCUUCAUCUUCUCAGUUGUGUCUACGAAAAUCUCAUAUUUCAAUCCCCUAGCUAUUGCUGGCGCCGUCAUAUUUCUCGUCUCUAAUGUUCUUUUCAUGACUCUCAAUUCUAAACUUUCAAUUGUCCAAAUCGUAAGCUAUGAGAUACUAGGUGGCUUCGGACUUGGUAUGGCGUGGCUGGCUGAAAUAAUAUUCCCGAGAGCAGUGCUCGACAAGCACCAGUUGGCUAUAUCCCUGGGAUACUCCCGCAUGUUGCAGCAGAUUGGAGCUGCUGUGACUGUUCAAAUAUCUGCGGUCGCUUUUACCAGCACGUUGACACAUAACCUAGCUGGUUUGCCGUUGACGCCUGAUGAACUGUCAUCCCUGCAGACAGGGAGGACACUCAGCGGCAAUUUUUCGGCGAAGACGAAAGAUGCUAUCCUGGAGGCGUAUGGCAAGUCGAUACGUAUAGGUCUAGCCCCUGCGGUCGCAUGCGCAGGGCUAGCUCUUCUAUUCACAUUGGCUUUACCUUGGCCAGCUCUAAAUCGAGGCACGACAGACAGCAAGGGCAGGAAUAACAGCGACAGCGGUAGUGAGGCUCUCAUGCUGUCGGUUCUUGGCCCUCCUACAGAACCCAGUUGCGUUAGAGGCAAAUACUUAUUCGUCCGUCGACCGGCGAGAAUUCAGCCGGCCAGCCGAGGCAGCUUCAAUUCCCGGUAG